CACAAGGCAGUCGACGCACGGUGUUGUCAACCGUUGUUAGUUGCCAGCUUAGUGGCAUCUUGUCCUUCAUCCAGCUCCGACUGGUUCCGCUAGCUGAAUGCGUCGACCAUACCAGCAGCCACCAAACUGCACCCUGGAAAUACAUAAUUGAACGAAUCAACGCUUCUCGGUUGACAUCCUGUCCUGGUUGAUCUUGUUCAUUGUCUUACUGAAAUCAUGUCUGGCUCAGGGGACUUACCAGCCUUGGAGGGUUCGGGAAUGGGCGGGAUGAGGCUUCCCGUCGGGAUGACCCGACGAGCCCUCAGCUACGAUGAUAACCUGGAGGCCCCCAUGUCCACGCCCCCCCAUGACAUCAGCAUCAACAAACUGUGGAGACGACCCGUCAUACCGGAUAGGAAGUUUAACCAACUAGCUGAGGAGGAUGAGAGUGGUUCAGUGAGUCGGUCUAAAGUGACGGACAGCGCCCCCUCCAGGUCACCAGUUGUAGUGAAAACCAAGGCCUCCUCCAUCAUCAUGAAUUCUCUCAUCACCAAGCAGACUCAGGACAGUGUAUACAAUUUUGAGCAGAGGGCCGGGCUCACCGACACCAGCUACACUCCCCACAAAGGCCUCACCGCUGAGGAGACGAGACACCACCACCGCAUGCCUGAAUCCCUCCAGAAACUGCAGAUCCAGAGCAUGGAGGCCAGAGAAGAGCGACAGAGCUCCUCCGCCCAGUCCACUCCAUCCAACACACCACACAGCUCCCCGAGACAACAACGCAGGGGCUGGUUCGGCAGUACGAGUUCAGAUGUCAGCUCCUCCAACAGCAGUGUGGACCUGGCCGGAGGAGACAUGGCGGUCGAACGGUGGAGCGUGUUCGGGCCUCGGCCGCUCGUCCAGAAAUCGACUUCGGACCUGGGAUCAGACUCUGCCACCGCAGGAGGCUUUGCGCUGCAGGCAUAUCGUGGUGCCCAGAAGCCAACCGCCAUGGAGGUGAUGAAGUCACAGGCCACGCGUCUGGCUGACCACUCCGCCGCUCAGUCAAUGGCUCCUCCCAAAAUGGAGAUUCCCACAGUGGAUGGUCGACGGGAGGGAGCGCGAGCACACAAGCUCAAACCCAGAGACAUGAACGUUCUGACGCCCUCUGGCUUCUGAGCGGAAGCACCACACCUGUCAGAGCUGCUCAUCACGCAGACACCAAAGGUCCCAUGAAAUGACAACGUCUCUGUGUUGUUAUGGGUUUAGGAUGAAAUUUCCAUCCAAUGAUGUCAUCGUAGACUUUUGGGGUCAGCAAAUCUUUUUCAUUACAACUUGGGUCUCAUUUUUGUAGUUUUGUAUAUAAUUCCUGUAUUCUCACACAACGGUUCGCACAUUUUCAAUAAUAUGACCGUUCUAUUCAACGUUGGGAAACGGCGACAGUUACGUGAUUGUAGAGCUGGGCAAUAUAUCGAUAUUAUAUUGAUAUCGUGAUAUGAGACUGGAUAUCGUCUUAGAUUUUGGAUAUC